AUGAGACUAAAUCCUUUUUUAUCUGUCGGUAGGACUCAUAAGGAUAAGAAUAAAGAGAAUUUUGGCCAUACUGCUACCCAUAUUAAACAUGGUCCAACCGAAAAGAAACAACCAUCGAGUAAGAAGGAAGCGGUAUCCUCAAUUGUGCAAGAACUUCCAAGGGAUAUGAUUGCUCAAAUACCUAGAACAGCUUCAUUAACAAGCACUCCGUCUAGCAGUACUAAAAAUGACUUAGCAGCAUCUAUAACCACUUCACUUCCUCCAAAUCAUCAGGCCAUUGAAGAGUUCUUAGAUAUUGAUAUAAAACGAAUAACCCCAUCUAUUUCUGAAGUACUACCUUAUGGAGAUGGCUCGAACAAAAUUUUUGGCUACGAAAAUUUUGGGAAUACGUGCUACUGUAAUUCGAUAUUACAGUGUCUCUUUUUCUUGGACGAUUUUAGAAUAGAUAUUCUAAAACAUCCCAGGAAAGAAAGUAUUGAUGGGCGUAAACUCAAAUACUCUGGCAACACUCCAAGAAUAUUCACUUUAGAAAGUUUCGAAAACAUGAGUAGUAAUAAUAAUAGCUCCGGUACAAACAAUCCGAGCAAACCCACUCAAGAUAAUGAAAACCAUACCACAACAGUCACUAAUCCCAACUCUGUUAGUUCCAAUUUAAUAUCUAGUACGACAGCAAACACUAAUAGUAACAAACCUAAUGAUCCUCUACAAAGAAGAAACUCCUUCAUGUCGUCCUUUUCAAAAUCUAAUUCUGACCGAACUCUAAGUAAUAAUAAUAGCUCUGCCAAUAGCAACAGUAAUAUUAGCUCUAGUUCGAAUAAAAGUCAUAUAGAACCAACCCACACAGUCAUAAUGACUGCUGAUUCAAUUACUGAAAAGCUACAUAAUGGUUGUGAACAAAUUAUUAUCGGUAGGAAAACGGCCCCUUCGCUUCUCAAUUACAAGAGUGCUUUUGAAUUUGAUGACCCAUAUAACAGCGAACAAAGAAAAAAAGUUGCAUUAAUCACAGGUCCUGUCCUCAAUAUCGAUCAUACAAUAAAACAGACAAAAAAACCAAAUCUAUACCUCUGUUUAAGAGACAUUUUUGAAUGUGUAGUGGAGAAUGAAAAUUUAACCGGGGUAAUAUCUCCGUAUCAGUUCGUUCGCACAUUAAAAAAGGAAAACAUUUUGUUCAGUACAAUGAUGCAGCAGGAUGCACAUGAAUUUUUGAACUUCCUUUUAAAUGAACUUAACGACUUUUUACAACUUUCAAAUGAAAAAAACUUUAUACUAGAUCAAUUUCAAGGAACAUUGACAAAUCAAAUCAAGUGUCUUACUUGUGACACACUCACCUCGAAUAAUGAACCAUUUUUAGACUUUCCAAUUGAAGUCAAGAACGAUGAUGAAGAUUUAAACAUACAAGACAUUUUAAAUAAGUAUCACCAAAGGGAAAUCCUGAACGGGACCAAUAAAUUUUACUGCAAUCAAUGUCAUGGUUUGCAGGAAGCAGAGAGAAUUGUUGGAUUGAAGAAACUUCCUCAUACAUUGGCACUGCACUUGAAAAGAUUUAAAUAUUUAGAGGAAAAGAAUGCAAAUACAAAAUUAUUUAACAAAAUUGAAUAUCCGCUAAUACUGAGUGUAUCUUCUACGUUUAAUGAUUCCAUUCAUAAAAAAUACGAACUAAUUUCAAUUGUGGUACAUUUGGGCGGUGGUCCCCACCAUGGCCACUAUGUCUCAAUUUGCAAAAGUGAUAAAUUUGGCUGGCUAUUAUUCGAUGAUGAGACUGUCGAGUCAAUCAAUGAAGAAACUGUACUAAAAUUUGUCGGAGAUCCAGAAGAUCAAACUACUGCCUAUGUAUUAUUUUACAGAGAAAUUGAUUGCGACAACGAUAAGGACUGUGAUACUGACAGUAUUCCCCUACCAAAGAGUAGAAGUGAAUACGAAGCAAAUAUCGAAUGCUUAGUUAAAUAUGAUGACAAGAUUAAAUUAAAUGAAAUGAAAAGGGCUGAAAAGCAAAAAAUUGAAGAGGAGGCUAGGAUAGAAUCAAUACAAGAAGAAGGAGAGAUGGAACUUGGUAAAACGAGGAAAAAUAAUAGUCAUCAUAAGAUGUCAUCUCAAAAUAAUAAAAACAACAGAAAAUCUAAAUUAUUAGGUUUUGUUAAAGUAUGA